UCAUUUGGUGGACUAUUUGGUGAUGAAUUCACUUCACGUAGUAAUGAAGAAUUCACUGCUGGACUUGCAAUACAUGUUGAAGAGGCACUUUAUAUUCUUGCCAAGUGCUCACUUGUUGCGAGCAAAAGAGCUUGAUGCAGUCCUAGAAGAACCAAGACCCGAAGAAUAUCCUGAGUUUCCGUUGUUCCACGUUGAAUUAUUAAACGACACGGAAAACAUGUAUCUUGAUCCUCCUCACGAUAUUGUCAUAGGAAGUUUUAAUGAACUUAUUGAACUCUGGGAAGAAUAUUUGUUUUGUAUUGAUAUAUAUUUACCUGAUCCUAUAUACAAUCCAUUUACAGAACCGAUGAUUAAUGGGAAGAAAAUGGAGCGUUUUUAUGCAUUAGAAGCCGGCGUAGAUAUCAGAAAACUUUUUGAGGAGGACUCGUAUUUAGAAGGUUUGAAGAAGAUCACUGAGCAAUACUUUGAAGUGAGCUAUAAAGCUAUAGACACGUAUAUUAGUCGCUUUGAUUUUGUGAGGAAAUUCUACAAAAGAAAUGAAUCAACUGAUCUUAAGUCAAUUUUAGACUGCAAA